GGGGAGACUCACCUAGGAGGAGGCACUCACCUAGGAGGAGGGAGUCACCAAGGAAGAGAGACUCACCAAGGAGGAGAGACUCACCAAGGAGGAGGGAUUCACCAAAGAGGAGGAGGGACUCCCCAAGGAGGAGGGAUAGGUCAAAAUCAAGGUCACCUUCAAGAAAACAUGACACUUCUAGACAUAAAAAAGAACAUGACAGAUCUCGGUCCAGGUCUCCCCACUCAAGGGAUCAUCACAGACGAUCUCCAAGAAGGCAUUCACCAAGACGCAGAUCACCCCCAGCCAGUCAUCGCCAUCAUUCACCAAGAAGACAUUGGUCACCACCUGCCAACAGGAAGACUGGAUUGGGUAAGCCUGGAAAGAAUCUCUUUAUUGCAGGAUUUAGCUAUGCCACCACUGAGCGAGAUUUGGAGAAGAAAUUUUGCAAGUUUGGACGUGUAACAAGUGCACGUGUUGUUCGUGAUAAACGAACUGGAGAUUCCCGUGGCUUUGGAUUCUUAUCCUUGGAUAAGGAUGAGGAUGCUGAUGCAGCAAUCCGUGCUUGUGACGAGACUGAGUGGAAUGGAAGGAUCAUUCUUGUGGAGAAGUCAAAAGCACCUGCAUGGUGAAUCUUCCGCUUUGGGGGCGCACACGCCAUUGUUCGAGAGGGAUUUCAUUGCUUCACCUUUCACAGAUUUUACCAUUCAGAAAAAAAGAAACUACCGGUAUGACAUACUCGGUACAUGUCAAAGUUCACCCGAACCUGGCUUUUGAUGCUGUACUAGGAGUAAGAGUAUUAAAUAAUGCACUUCCUUGCUGAUAGUUGUUGAAAGAAUAAGAUGUAACGUUGCACCUUAGCUUGUUUCAGGGCCCUGCUGCUGAUAAGAGGGACUUACGACUUAGUGGUACUUUUAGUGUCUGCAACCUCUACACGUGAAAUGUGAUACGUGCCUGUUCGUGAGCUGUCAGUUCUCUUCUUCACCUUCAUCUCGCGCCCACUGAAUACUGAUGGCAUGAACGGAUUCCGGGAGACUCAAGCUUUAUGGUGUUGUUGCGACUCAAGGGUUAUGUUAGCAGUUCAAUAAUCUGCAUAUUAGCUUUUCAAUGUUGUGCAUCCUCUGAAUGAGGGUUUGGAAAAUGUCCUAUAUAGUUUGUGUUUUGGAUUCCAGAUGUUGUUUAAUUAUGGUCACGACACGAU